GUAGGUCAAGAAGUCAGCACAAGUUUUAAAUUAUAUAUACUUGCUCCAGGAGUUUUGCACAAAUGUUAGGUGUUACAAAGGAAGAUGUCAUUGAACUACUUAGUUUCAUGCUGGACGCUGAUUUUAACGAACAAGUAUUAAAGUUUUACCCAAAGGAAAUAUAUAAAAUAAACGAUAUCUGCAACUCACUAACAUUUGAGGACUGUCCUACUGAAAUUUUGGAGAAUUUGAAUGGCUAUAUGUGUGGGCAUUACCCACCAUAUAUUGCUAUCCCCCGUACUCGACAUUUAUCUUCAUCCUUAGCCGACUUAGGUCAGCUUAUGCUUCAGUCGAAGUUUGCUCGCUGUCGAACAAGAUUUGUCGUCCCGUCCUUUUCUUUUAAACACAAGAAUAUAUGCCGAUGUAGUACUUUAAGCGGCCCAUUAGAGUUUUAUGGUCGCCAAGUUGCCACAGCUGCAGGCUUUAAUUUUGAUGGACAUGUCAGUAACUCUUCAGGAGGAGAGCUUCCAGAUACAAGUUUUGAGACAGAAAACGGACGUCACAGUUUAGAAAAAUUACGUGAUGAUGAUUGUGAAUUAAUUCGUCGUUUAAAUGUCACCUAUAUUUGUGAUUUUAUGUUGGAGUACAGAAAGAUAAAAUGUUGGGUCCCAAUUAGUUCAUCAGAAAAGGUGGAUCAACAAGGACGCUAUAAUGACUUCGUAGUCAUACCUCUCCCUUAUCCUGGCAGCGAAUUUUUCCGUAUAUGGCGUGAUUCUGGUUAUGCUAUGCAUCAUGUAUACUUUGACUGGAAUCGGUCGGGAGUUGAGGUGUCCGUUAAUCCAAACCUUAUACCAAAAACUCUGUUAUCUAGCUCAGUAGAAUGGAACUUGUACAAGUCCUGGGAUAUAUAUACAAUUACUGUGAACUACAUGAAGUUGCUUCUUGGAUUACUCUACGAAGGCGCUGGAGGUUUACUGUUACAUUGUGUUUCUGGAUGGGAUCGUACACCAUUAUUUAUUUGUCUACUUCGCUGUUUACUUUGGGCUGAUGAUUUAAUGCAUUGUAGUUUAACACCUAUUCAAAUGUUAUAUCUUACUCUUGGAUAUGAUUGGUUCUUGUUUGGUCAUAAAUUGAAAACACGUAUGGAAUUGGGUGAAGAAAUACUGCGAUUUACUUUUCAAUUUAUCGGUGAAAUGGCUAAAUGUACAGAAUUGUCACUUCGCAGAGUCUAUGAUAUUCACGUUACUGAUGGGUCUAAAAGUUCAGAUUCGGAUGAUUCUUCGUUUAUUGAUUUACGCUCCAGUGAUGAUUUACAACCAUUAAGGCAAUCACGAUUAGAAGAAUUGUCAAAUUUAUUCUUUGAAUUUUGGAAUGAAGAAACUAAAAGACGUGAAGUUCAAUCUACUAUCACUAGUAUUGGACCCAUUGCUAACGAAUCUGUUGUUCCGAAUAAAAAUACCCAGUCAACAUCAAAUUCUAAAGAAAAACCAACUUUUAAUAGCGAUGAUGAAUCAUCACCAGGUCAUGAAAAAUAUGCAUGUAGAAAUAGCAAUAAACCCUCUGAAAAUCAAAAUUCAAUCGUUUUUCAAGUUAGUAGCGAGCACUUGAUUAAAUCUUCGUUCAAAAUGUGCUUAAGUAUAGAAAAGCCUUAAACGCCAGAAAUCAGCUGAUUGUUGUGCGAAGAAACUAAGACAGGUUGGGUUCUUUGUCAUUUUAUGAUGUGUACACCACUAUAAACUGAAUGGAUCAUAUAGCUUUCUUUAAACACAAGAAAUUAACUAAUAUUAUGAGGUUUUUAUUGUUUUCUACGUAAAAGACCAAUGACAUUUUAUGAUUUGGAUACCAAAUCUAAUUUGUCAAAUUUUGGAAGAUUUAAGUUAUUCCAUGCUUUCCAGAUAUAAAAGAUUACACUCUCUGUCUUCCCUUAAACUAAGUGAUUAAAAUCGCUUCAUGUCUUUCUUUCUACAUACUAAUUCUAUCUUCCUGUACUAUCUCUUUAUAUGCGAUCUUUCUUUUAUAUAUUACCACCACUGAAUCAACUACUUCUAUGAAUCCGGUGUUCAUCUUGUUGUGCUAAUGUGGUAUGGCAACUUGGACCGAUGCAUAUAUGUGCCUGGUCCUACGUUGCAGCUGACUGACUGACUGAAGAUAUAAAAGAUCUACUUCGGGUACGAAGUUAUUAGAAAAUUAUAUUCCAAAACUUUUAUAUGUGUGCUAUCAGCUUACUCUAUCGUUAUAAUAAUAAUGAACAGUUGACGUAUGUAUUGUAUAAAAGCACUGUACAGUUUUCAUUACAGUAUGUUUGUAUAUUCUGCUAACAGCAUAAACUACUGCAUUUAGAAAACACAUAGUCUAAGUCUGUAUACAUAUUUGCACUAGGUAUGCUUCUAAGAAACACAAAAAUAGCUUUAUUUAUGUAAGCCAAUGAUGAUGAAGCUGGCCAACUCACAACUAAUACAAAACAGCUAAUAUCUGUAUAAGGACACAAUUCUUUUUUUAUUAGGAUGCUAGAUUUCUCCUAGUGUUUGUCUCUUAUUAGUAUCAUAAAUUAAUCCAAAAUAGUAUUAUUUUAGUGCUUUUUUUAGUUUUUUUACGCUAGAGAACUCAUAUUUCUCUUCAUUUUUGUUUAUUUGUUUGUAUACAACUCAAGUCGUCUACUACAUAAUUCAGGUAAACUUGAAUUUACCAUUAGACAGUUGUGGUUUAUAGUUCUUUUUUUCUAUCAGUAAUCUCUAUCUCUUUGAUUCCUUGUAUAAUUGCGAUAAUUAACAAAUAUAUUCAAAUUAAUUCAUUUUCAUGUAAAUAAAAUCUCACUUUUUGCGAAGUGAUUUUGUUUGUUUUUGGUAAAGAUAAAGAGAUAGAACUCUAUUUCUCACCCCAUAUCCCAAUAUUGUCUUGAAAUCUGUGUGCGAACAAGUAAAUCAAUUGUAUUCAGUAGUCUUUUUACGCCCAAAUUUUUCUGAAUAAUAUGAUGAUUUGGUGUCAGGUGAAAGCUCAGAAUACAUUCAGAAGGCUUGACUGAAUUUUGCCAACUUGUGCUAUAGGAGAGAUAUAAGUCUGCCGACCAAAGAACAAGCAUACUGUGCAGCACUUCUCUCCGUUCUACUUUAUGCGCGUGAAACAUAUCCAUUAAAAGUAGAGCAUGUUCGUAGGUUACUGUCAUUUGAUCAUAGAUGUCUUCAAAGCAUUACUCGUGUAUUUUAGGACCACUAAGUAAUGUCUGGGUUGUGAAUAGGAGUAGGGUACUAGGUAAUGGUGGGCAAAUCGAUUGAAAAGGUAGUAAAUCUUCAUCAAAUGAAGUCGUUCACAUAGGUGUGACGUAUAUCUAACCACCGCUUACCUCGACGGGCGACGUUUUCUGGUGUAGGAGUAGGCUGCAAGAAAGCUAGGGGCGAUCAAACCAAAGCUUGAGAUCAGUUUAUAAAGUCGUUGCCAAUUGGAUUAAGCCAUGUUAAUAGUUGUUCAUUACGUGGUUGAGGUCCGCGUGACUAUCGUAACCAGUGGUUAGAGACUGAGUGACACGGCUCAGAAUUGUUUGCAAUGGCUCAGGUGCAUCUAUUCUUUGUCUUCCCUUAGAUUUCAAGCUUCAAAAUCCCUCAUAACUUUCUUUGUUUUUAAUACACUAAUUUAUAUGUUCUUGAGUCGUACGUUCGAUGCCUAGUCUUUUCUAUUAGCAUUAAAGCCGUUACUACCUCUAGUACUCUUGGGUUCGCUCUGACAAUAUCAUCUCUCUGUGUACGAGGUUCUACGUCGUGACGGAUAUAUCCUUAACGGCAAAUUUAUACUACUCAUAUGAAGCUAAUUCAUUCACUGGAAACAGCAAUAAUAAUCUUAAUGUGUGUGUGUCAUUGAAUAUAUCUUUUUUUGGAAUUUAGUCCUUUGUUAAUAGAUGUGAUCCUUGUACACCUCUCUUAGUUUCUAAUAUAUUUCCAUAUAUGAUCUUAGCAAAAGUUUUUAUUAUAGUUAUUGAUAAUUAAGAAGGUCCCUUCUCUCCUUAACCUGUUUUUAUUUAUUACUUUAAUGCUAUUAAAGUUCAACAAUGAAAUAAGUUCAUGUAAUAAAUUACUGAUUUUCUUCUACAAAAUCAACAUUUUUAAAAAUGUGAAUUCAUAUCUGAUACGUGUUUGCAUGUACACGUCACCAUAAUUUCUUAAUACUCUUCUAAUGUUAGUUAUUCUAAUAUGUCUUCUUAGAUAUGAUAAUUUCCUUCAGUUAAUUGAUUUAAUUAUCAUUAUUUAACAUUAUCGUUUUUAUUUUAUCGAGAUUUUUUCUUUUCUAAAAGUUAAUAACACAUUUAUUCAAACAUCAUUAAAAAUUAUGAAAUACUAAACUAGUGUACCUGAACUAUAAAACCAUCUAAUUUACAUUAUCAUUGAAAAGCCGAAAGCACUAGAUGGCUGUUUUGUUCUAGCAUGGGACUCUUCAACAGUCCUCAUCCACAUGUCUGCACACAGGAAUCGAACCUAGGACUUUCGGUCUUGCGUGCUAACGCCUAGCCUCUAGACCACUGGCUCAGCAUCCAACGGUAUUAGUUCUGAACAUCGGUCAACCUUGAGGUUAUGCGUUCGCUUGUGAAAAACCAUGUUCUGAUUUCUACGUGCAGGUUCGUAGUUACUCAUUCCUUAGGAGUCCUAUACUAGGCCAAAACGGCCGUCCACUGCUUCCAGUUCUACAAUGGUCGUCUAAUUUAAAUCGAUCCAUGAUUUGAAUGAAAUUCAACAGUGUUAUAACGCUCCGUCGCCAAUUGUUAUAACGCUCUGUAUUACUUCGUCUAAAGUUAUAACGCUUAAACGAUUAUCUACACUAGAUCCCUCCCAGUGUCUAUUCUACAGGACUUCAACACAACUCAGAUCAAGAACACGUAAUUAGCCUGACCAGAACGUAAUAUAUUUUUACACCCGAAACCGACACAAUCCACAACAAUGUACAAUCAAUAAUAAGUAUAUAUGUAUAUGAGUGUGUCACAAUAAUAAGGGUAAGGGAAUAUAUAACUUAUCUGACACCUGUGAGACUGUCUACAUGUCUGACUAAGCAGACAACCAAACAUGAUCAUCCUAUCCCACACAACGAACAGUCUACAAAAUACUAUACUGACUCAACUGUUGUUUAGUUUUCCAUAACCAAUACUAGGAUACGAACAUCUGUGUCCAAUAACGACAGAAACUACUAAAUAAUCAUAUUUGGUUAUAAAUAGGAUUUUUCAGUAUUAACUGGUUUCUUAUGAACUGUUGUUAUAAAGUAAGUCUUUGCAAAUAUAAUUCAUUUGUUUUGUACACCACUUUAUUAUUCGAAAAAUCUAUUAAUUUUGAAACACUUCUGAAGAAUUUCCAGUUAAGUAGGACAAUAAACAUGUUUAAUAUAUUUUCUUGGUUUUUAUUUUGAACGAUCCUUCAAUUAAUGCCACUUUGAGAUGAUAAAAAAUAAUAACGAUAAUCUUAAAACAGUUAUCUAAAAUUCAUAAUGAUAAUUUCUACAACUCCUAAUAUGAAUUUUAUUCAUCAAUUUCGUUUCAGAUAUCAAAUGCUUUAAAUUCAGCUGUAUCGGUGGUUACCUCAAAUUUCGUCACACCAUUAUUAUCAUCCUCGUCGUCAUCAGCACCAUCAUCAAGCUCAAUCAGAACAGUAAAUGAAAAUAACGAAGAUCCUCCUAGUACCACAUAAAUCACUAUUCUUUCUUUGCUCGAUUUUUCCCUUGCAACAUUUUUUUCUAUUUAUUUUUUUGUUGUUUUAUUUUUCUUUAUGAUCAAUAUGUCGUAGUAGAAUUAACAAUACAAUAAAUUUAGUAAGCAAAAAAAUGUUGGUUUAUCUUUUUUAAUUUCGUCAAGAUCAUCAAAUAAGUAACUCCAUCAAAUAUAUACAUUUAAAUUUUAAUAUUUAUAUAUUAUAACAUUGCUAUUAUGAAUUGUCUCAUUUUUGUUUAUCCUUCACCUUCAAACAGUAAUGAUAAUAAUUGUUAUUUGUUCGACCGACUAAUUUAGUUAACUCAUUCCAUUCAGUUUUUUUAAUGAAGAUUCCUACCAUUACUUACAUAUAGAUAAUUGUUUUCUAUUCAAUUAAAAAUACACUUCAGAUCAGUACAUAGAAUACAAUUUUCUUAUUGUCAGUAUUGUAGAUCGUGAAUUUAACUGAUUUUUCUUUUUUUCAACUUUCUCACACCGUUGUUGUUGAUGGUGGUGGUGUUGCUGUUAUUGUAUUCAGGAAUUGGUUAUACUAUUUGUCAAAUUGUAGUAAACUUGGAUGAUACGGUAGAUCAAUAUUCCAUUGUAUAGUUCCUCAUUGUUUUUUAUCUUUCUGGCAUUUUAUGGUGGUAAAUAUUUUGAAAUCCGGUCAGAGUAAUACUUGUAGUAAACCCCUACUGAAGAGGAUAUCUAAAGUGUUGUUGAAACCUCUCUUAAUGAGUCAGUCUUUAAAAGCAGUUGAACGAAAAACAGUAAGGAUGGAUAGGUCUGUUACAACAAGGAAUAAGCUGUAUUACAUACCAGAUUGUGUUAUCAGAAUAACAAACUAAAUUACCAUUAUCAAAAUAUCAGCUGAAAUAAUAUGAUUUCGACUGUAUUUCUCAUUGUUUUCAUGUACGUAUGCAGAAACCCACUGAAAAGUUUGUCAUAAUACCACUUGCUGGGUUUCGAG